AUGCUUCAUUUUACCAGUGACAGAUUUUGGAAGAGAAUUACCCGGAGACAAAACCUAGUUUCAGCCCUCUUGUCUCAGACAAAACCUACCUCAUAAAAAUAAUCGUCUAACUUUUUUCUUUAGAAUGAUGCAAUUAAGGCAAUGUUCAGUGAGGAGACUUCAAACUUAGAUGAUGACUCAAAACGCCUAAUGAAAUUAUCGAAAUGGCACUGGAGUAUCUCAAAUGGCAUUUUAAUCAUUGAAAUGCGAAACAAUGAUACAAUGUAUAAAGUAUAGAAGAAAAGAAUCAUGUUACAACAAGAGGGGGAAGAUAAUUUUUCUGGGUCGGACCUUUGCUUAACAGGAGCCUGACCCGUUUACAUGGAAGGCCAGGUCACGGCAGAAUUUUGUGGCUUUUCUUUUCCUAACUUAGAAAAAACAAGUUGACUUUUCCAGGAUUCUGCCAAACCACACUAAGAUCAGCUAGAAGUUAAUGGAGUUGAAAUUAUUUUCUUUGAUUAUUAAGUGAAAUAAUCAUCAUGCACUUCAAAAUUUUCCAACUCUUAUAUUUUUUUCUUUAUGCUUGUACUUCAAAUAUUUGUAAGGGCUCCUAGAUUUAUUGUGAUUGUAUUCACAAAUCAUUUUAUUAUGCUUUUAUAUGCACCUGUUUGCUAAUAUUCACAUGAUGCUUGCUGCUUUGACUUUGAAAGGGUAAAAGAGUUCUAAAGGAUUUCAAUAUUGAAGAUGAAGCUGGAGGACCUGGUCGUCCAAUUAUUAAAAAUUUUACUGCACUCGUGACAAGGAAUACUUUAGAAAUCCACUUAUAUUGGGCUGGAAAAGGCACUAAUAUUAUCCCAGAGAGAGGAGCUGUAUAUGGACCUCUUAUAUCGGCCAUUUCAAUUACUCAAAGUAAGAAAUCUUGUCAUAUAUCGCGCGGUGUCAAGAUGUCGGCAUGCACGUUUUUCAUCUUAUAAUGUCAACUCAAAAAGUCUUUGCCAUAAUGUCUUAUUGUUUCCUCAAUGUAGGCUCCAAGAGUGAUACAGAUAGGAAAGGUUUCUCUAUUGGAGCUGUUCUUGGGAUUAUAGGAGCAUCCGUUCUUUUGGUUAUGCUUAUUUCUCUAUACUUGUUCAUUAAGUUUUGCCCUCGAGGGCUUCAUGGUGUUAAAAAAGGUUAUCAGUCCAAUAUUCUCCAAGGAAGGUCAACAUACUACUUCAGUAUGGAGCAGAUUGAAGCAGCUACUGAAGGCUUCGAUCCUGCAAACAAAAUUGGAGAAGGGGGUUUUGGAUCUGUCUACAAGGUACGUUACUGAAUUUUCUCAUCAUUCUUAAAGAUCAUUUGCUCUUCCGUCCCUAUAGGCGUGUAUGAUGUCUCGAUCACGAAAUAUGUUAAGAGCGACGUUUGUCCAUGCCUGAGUUUUAUAGUGGCACUAUCGUAGACCCGACUUUUAUAGAUUCAAUUUUUUUUUACUGUAGAAAGUUGGCAUAUGUAUUUCAUCACGUAACCUUUUCAUCAUAAUUCUGUUCUUCAUCGGAGGUUUAUACGAAAUAUCUAAGUUGUACAAGUGCAGGGUCUUCUGGAAGAUGGCACUCGGGUUGCUGUGAAGCAGCUCUCUUCUCAGUCAAGCCAGGGAAACCGUGAAUUUUUGAAUGAGGUCGGCAUGAUAUCUGCUUUAGAACACCCAAACCUCGUAAAGCUUUUUGGAUGUUGCAUAGAUGGAAAUCAGUUGCUUCUGGUGUAUGAGUACAUGGAAAACAACAGCCUUGGCCGUGCGCUAUUUGGUAUUCAUUAGUUCAUUAUUUCUCUAUCAUAUUACUUUCAUCUCUUUAGUUAUAUCGUGCCUUUAUGUGGUAACUGUUGCAUGUUUCUAUUUUAUUCCAAUUGAUUUCUGAGCUGAAUAUUCUGAGCCUAAUACAGGUCACGAGGGAAACAGGCUGAAGCUUGACUGGUCUACAAGAUAUGCAAUUUGCUUGGGGGUAGCAAAAGGGUUGGCAUAUCUUCAUGAGGAAUCAGUAUUUAGGAUUGUCCAUCGGGACAUCAAGGCCACCAAUAUCCUUCUUGAUAAGAAUCUCAAUCCUAAAAUAUCUGAUUUUGGGUUAGCAAAACUGUAUGAAAAGGAACACACCCACAUCAGCACGAGGGUCGCUGGAACUGUGUGAGUACUUCCACGUCAAAUUUACUGUACGUUUUAGUCUUGUGUUACAACUUUUUAUGGAUCUGAACGGAAUGAGGAUAUCCAUGAUGAUAAUCGAACACUCUAGUAUUUUUGAGUUACAAAGCAUUUGAAAAAAACGGUCGGAUGCCUAUUUCUUGGUGUUGGAAACCUGGUUUGAGUUUUGAAUUGGCUGAUCUAUCCACAAAUCUCAUAAGACUUCUGACAUUAUUUUUUCCUCGUUUUCUUCGAAAUCCCCACCCUAACAAAGAUCAGUAUGCAAAAGACAAUGUAGCUGUGUGGCCCCCCGUAUAAACUCCUCCAUAACCUCGACAUAAACAUUCGAGAAAGACACCUCCCUCCCUCUCUAUUCAGUAUGUAUGCGUGCCCAUAUCCUCUGUUUCAUUCAUAACCUCCUGUUGUGUUUAAAUUCUAUCUCAUUCAAACCCCACAUAUGUUUCUCGCCCCCCUGUUUUCAAAAAGAAAAAAUCUUGGGAAAAUGUUUUGAUCUAGUCUCUCGCUAGUUGUAAACCCCUGGUUUCAGCUAGAAUUGGUUGGGCUUUGCUCAGGAUUUGAUUUUGGUCCGCGCUAGAAUAGUUUUAAAAACAUUAUUUUAAAUUGUAUGGUUUGACCUGAGGGUCUCCUCACGGCGCCAGAAAUAUCUGAAAGUUAUUCAUACGGGUACUACAAUUUCUUCUUAUAUUUCCAAUUAUUUUGAAAAAAAGGUCAAUUUGGCGUUAAAUAUUCAUCAAAAAUUUCUUAUCGGCGACCUGAUCUGUUCCAAUAUCCUCACCCUAAUCUGUUCCCGUGCUCAGUUCCCCACAGAAUGUUAAAUUUAGAUAGUAUACGACAUCAUUGUUGGGAUUCAAUGGACGGUGAUGUUCGCUUUGAUUUUUCUAUAUUUUCAGAGGCUACAUGGCUCCUGAAUAUGCCACCAGAGGAUACUUGACGGACAAAGCAGAUGUAUACAGCUAUGGAGUGGUGGUAUUGGAAGUUGUUAGCGGAAAGAAGAACGCAGAUGAGACAUUUCUUCACCUUCUUGAUUUGGUAAAUUCUGAUUGGUCACCAAUUCCCUCAGCUGAAAUGCAUGAUACACAUUUCUGAUAUUUCAUCAAGAUUUCAAAGUUUAGCUUACUACAACGAGAGGCGCCUAGAUUUUUACCCUACUGAUUCUACUUAUCCAUGAAUUAUUUUCUAUGGAUUUUGAUCCAUGUGGUAUAUUUUCUUCUGGUUUCCCUUUUCUUGGAACCUACAGGCUUUUCUACUUCUAGAGGAGGGAAGACUGAUAGAGCUGGUGGACCCGAGCUUGAAUCUGGAUUACCCGCAGGAAGAAGCUCUGAGAUUGCUUAACGUGGCUCUCCUUUGCUGUAAUUCUUCUCCCACUCUGAGGCCCGCGAUGUCUACAGUGGCAAGAAUGCUCACUGGAGAAAUCGAUGUCCCUAUUCCUACCAAGGAUGCUUCGGUGAAUGACGAUUGGAUCACCGGUGCUCUCAAAAAGUUAUCUUCCGACUCUCAACCAAAGAACGGGCAGUUGCAUAACUCUCCAGGCGUGUCAGAGAUUUCUCAACGUGACGAUGAGAACGUUGCUUUUCACACAUCGACAAGUGAAUCACUGAGCGAUGUCUCCAGAGCCAGUUAA